AUCCACAACGGAUAAGAAGCAGAGUGACUCAGAUUCUAAGAUCAACCUUGAACCUUAAACCUUGUCCCUUCAUACAUUUCACGAAUAUUAAGGUUUGCUGUCUGAAAUGGCAACCUCGCUAUUCACCUCCUUACUCCCAAUCACAGUAUCAACACCAUCAUGUGCUUUAAGAGCCUCAGCUUCUGAAUCAUAUCACUGCCAACACACCCCCAGAAGGCAAUUCUUGAAGGGUAUUGCAUUGCAGGCUCUUCCUCUUGUUGUUCUUAGAGAGCCACCUCCUUCACAAGCUAGAGAAGUUGAGGUUGGUUCGUUCCUCCCACCUUCACCUUCAGACCCAUCUUUUGUUCUCUUCUCAGCUUCUCCCAAGGACACUCCUGCCCUUCGAGCAGGAAAUGUGCAGCCAUACAAGUUUAUUCUCCCCCCAACUUGGAAACAGGCUCGUGUAGCAAACAUAUUAUCAGGAAAUUACUGCCAGCCAAAAUGUGCAGAGCCGUGGGUGGAGGUUAAAUUUGAAGAUGAGAAGCAGGGAAAAGUCCAGGUUGUGGCAUCACCUUUGAUACGCCUUACCAACAAACCAAAUGCAACAAUUGAGGAAAUUGGAACUCCAGAAAAAGUGAUUGCUUCCCUUGGGCCAUUUGUCACUGGAAACACAUAUGAUCCAGAUGAGCUCCUUGAGACUUCAAUUGAAAAGCUUGGUGAUCAGACGUACUACAAAUAUGUGCUUGAAACUCCAUACGCUCUAACGGGCUCUCACAAUCUUGCAAAAGCAACAGCAAAGGGAAACACUGUUGUUUUAUUUGUGGUUAGUGCCAAUGACAAACAGUGGCAAGCUUCUGAGAAGACUCUAAAGACCAUGCUUGAUUCCUUUCAAAUUUAGCUUUCUGUCAAAGUUAGACUUCAGUGAGACUUGUUCCAUUCCAACAGGCUUUAUGCAACCUUUCAUUGAGCAUGUAAAUUCAACCAAACAAGGCAGGUUGCUGUUGAUGAUAUUAUAUAUAUUCAAGUCACACAAAUUGUGCCAAACAUGAGCAAUAUGUUAAUACUCCCCUAAAUGUAAGGCAUAAUAAUACGGAAAUGAUUCUCUAAUAUGGUGCUUUUUAGUGAUGUGAAAAUUUGUCAAAAGAUUCAUUAUCACAAUGCAACUAUACGUGGGUUGCAGCUAGGCCUAUUUCUGUAAUUGGUGAGUGAUUUGCGUAGUCAUGAUGUAUAUCCAAUGCAACCCGUUUGUUG